AUGGUGACAUUCUACGACGACAUUCCAGAGUUCCUCUUUGAAUGGAUACCUACUCAAAAGGUCUUUUGGGUCGCAACUGCUCCACGAUAUGGAGAGCAUGUCAAUGUAUCUCCUAAAGGCCACGCACAAGAGUGUUUUGCAGUCAUUGAUUCAAAGACUGUCUGGUAUCAGGAUUUAACGGGGUCUGGGAGUGAGACUAUUGCCCACGUCAAAGAAAGCAAGUUCGUUGUUGACUAUUUAGUAGUAUUUGACCUAGAGGUCAGACUAUGGGGUAAAGCCAAAGUGCACGAAAUCGGAUCUGCCGAAUACGAAUCCUUCUUGCCACAAGACAAACGCAUUGCUGGAUCUCGCUCUGUGAUUGUUAUCGAUGUCAAGAAGGUGGCUACGAGUUGUGGUUAUGCUGUGCCAUAUUUUGAUUAUGUUGGUGAUCGAGAGGUUUUGAAGAAUUGGGCAGAAAAGAAUGAUGAUUUGCCGGGAUAUCGUCUCAAGAAAAACUUUACAUCAAUUGACGGACUUCCUGCAUUCAGAAGCGCUGGUAUACAAGUCGGGAUGGCAUGGGCAAACAAGUUACGGGUUAAUUUCGAUUGGGUAUCGUUUGCUGGUGGUUUAGCUAUAGGAGCUGCCGGAGCCGUUGCAUCAAUGCACUUCUUGAGGCGCUAG